GAUCGAGUGCUUCCGGGUUGUCGCGCGGAACCCGGACUUCCGUUCAACGCGCGUGUGGAAACAAACUUCCACCAAAACACACCAACGCGUUUCGUCUCGCUCACCCGGGCAAAGGUGAUCGAAGUUCGGCCUGACGCUGCGGAGGGUAACGGAGAGUUCCUGCCGCCAUGGGUCCGCCCCGCUCUAAGAAGCGGCGCCCGACGUUCCGCCGCCUGCUGAAGACGAGCGGCGUGAAGCUGGAGAACAAGACGAAGAACCGGCAGAUGAAGCAGCAGAACGUCGCUAAGAAGGAACGCAAAGAGCAGAAGAAGCUCCGCCAGGCCGUGAAGGACACAGUCAUCAGGACGGCCCGCCCACUGGAGACCUACAGGAAGAGACCCGAGGAGGAGGAGGAGGAGGAGUUCCUGGAGAGUCUGCCCACCGACAUGAUGGAGGAGGACGACCUGCAGAGGAUGAGGGACAUGGCAGGCCAAGCCUCCUUCAUCACCAGGGACCUGUCAUCAUGCGGGCCGGUGCACGGAGGCAAGAAGAGGAGCGCGGAGGUGAUCCGGGGCUACGAGAAGGUUCCCAGGAAGCUGGCGAGGAUGGAGGAGAAGGAGGUGAUCCACCUGCUGCCCAUCAAGGACCGGAGGGGGGUGGUGCCCCGCAGCGUGGAGAGAGUCGUCACAAAUCAGGAGGAGGAGGAGGAGGAGGAGGAGGAAGCUGCUGAAGAGCCGGAGUUAGACAACGACAAAGAGGGCUCUGAAGUGCUGACCCCAGACCAGAGGGAGCAGCUCAGAGUCCACAAGAUCAACGAGAGGAAGCUCUGCAUCGCCCGUCUGGGAUCAGCUGUGGUGUCAGACCCCUACGGCAAUAUAAAGAGGGUGAAGGAGCUGCGUGGGAUGCUGAUGGAGUCUGACCCCUGUGUUGCCGUGACGGUCAGGAAGCUGGUGAUGGUUUCUCUGAUGGAGAUCUUUAAAGACGUGGCCCCCACCUACAGGAUCCGACCUCUGACCCCAGAAGAGAAGGCCUCCAAGGUGAAGAAGGAGACGCAGCAGCUCCGAGACUUUGAGGAGGGUUUGGUGAGUCAGUAUAAGUUCUACCUGGAGGACCUGGAGCAGACCAUCAGAGACUGGAAGCAGAAGAAGAAGAAGCGCAGUCAGGCGGUGGGCUUCCAGUCGUACCUGGGCCUCGCUCAGGUGGCCGUCCGCUGCCUGUGUGAGCUGCUGCUCGCUCUUCCUCACUUCAACUUCCACAACAACAUCAUCGUCAUCCUCGUCCCCCUCAUGAACGACUCCGUCGCGCAGGUGUCAGGUGUGUGUUGUGAUGCAUUUAGGAAGCUCUUCCAGCAGGACAAAGAGGGCGGGGCUUCGUUGGCCACGGUGCGUGUCAUCUCCGGACUCGUCAAGAGCCUCAGCUUCAACGUCAGACCUGAGCUCCUCAGGACCCUGCUCUGCCUGAGGAUCAAGGACGUGCAGAUGAAGAAGGACCUGGUGGACACGGCACCAAAGAAGACCUUCAUGAACUACCAGGAGAAGAGGAAGAACCUGUCCAGGAUGAAGAGGAAGUGGAAGAAGGCGGAGGAGAAGCUGGAGAAGGAGCUGCUAGAAGCUGAAGCCUCUGAGAGCAAAGAGAAGAAGAUCAAGCUGCAUACAGAGACUCUGAACAUCGUCUUCCUCGUUUACUUCAGAAUCUUGAAGAAAGCUCAGAAAUCAGUUCUUCUUCCAGCUGUUCUGGAGGGACUCGCUAACUUUGCUCACCUGAUUAAUCUGGAGUUCUUUGAUGACCUGCUCAACGUGCUGCAGAACCUCGUCCAAUCAGGAGAUCUGACCAAUCGGGAGAGUCUCCACUGUAUCCAGACCGUCUUCACCAUCCUGUCAGGACAAGGUGACGUCCUGACCGUGGACCCGCUCAACUUCUACUCUCAGCUCUACGGGAUGUUACUUCGUCUUCACGCAGGGGCGCCCAAUGAUGACAUCAUCAUUGUGCUACGGUGCCUGGACGCCAUGCUGACCCGCCUCAAGAAGCAGGUGACCCUGCGGAGGGCGAUGGCGUUCGUCAAGCGACUGAGCGCGCUCAGUCUGCACGUGCUGCCCAACGCCAGCGUGGGGCUCCUCGCCGCCAGCAGAGCCACCGUGCAUGCGUUCCCGAAGUGUGACUUCCUGUUAGACAACGAGGUUCAGGGCAGCGGCUUCUACCUGCCGGAGCUCGACGAGCCGGAGCACUGCAACGCCCAGAACACGGCAUUGUGGGAAUUACACACACUGCAGAGACACUACCACCCGGUGGUGCGGCGGAUGGCAGCCCACCUCAGCCAGGGGGCGCCCAGUGACGGGCCGGCGGCGCUCGGCGUGGAUUUGAGCCGCAGGUCUCCGGCGGAACUGUUUAACGUCUACAGCGUCAAAGACAUGACCUUUAACCCCCCUGUAGCUCCACCCGGCAGCAAGAAGAAGGAUCGUUUCGGAGCGACGCUGCUGGACGCCGACCUGCAGAGACGAGCUGAGAGCGUCCUCACUGCCGAGGACACGGAGCUGGACUUUACCACACACACACUGAGGCUACCACACACACACACUCUGAGGCUACCACACACACACACUGAGGCUACCACACACACACACUGAGGCUACCACACACACACACACUCUGAGGCUACCACACACACACACUCUGAGGCUACCACACACACACACACUGAGGCUACCACACACACACUCUGAGGCUACCACACACACACUCUGAGGCUACCACACACACACUCUGAGGCUACCACACACACACACUGAGGCUACCACACACACACUCUGAGGCUACCACACACACACUCUGAGGCUACCACACACACACACACUCUCUCUAAAGCUGGAGGGUGGAUCAUAAUCAGAGUCCUCAAAUGUUUUAUUGGAACAGAAUCCGGUCGAUUCUAAAUAUCGUGCUUGUACUUAUAAACUGAGACAUGUCUA